CUGGCACCAUUCCACCACAGCUCGGACACCUCUCGUUCCUCGUCUCCCUCGACCUCACCUCCAAUCUUUUCAGUGGAGCCAUCCCUCAGGAGCUGUCUCUCCUUCAUCGCUUGAAGUUAAUGAUUCUCCGACUCAACAACUUCACCGGUUCCAUCCCAAAAUCCCUCUCCAACCUAACAAACCUGCAGGUUCUUGAGUUAAGUUUUAAUUCUUUGAGUGGAGAACUUCCAAAAGAGUUGGGGAGGCUUCAAAAUCUACAAGCUCUGUCGAUUCAAGCAAAUAAUUUAUUGGGUGAAAUACCAUCAAAGAUAUUCAACAUGUCGAAGCUGGGAAUAUUGGCCUUGACAAGCAACGAACUGAGUGGAAGUCUUCCGACAGACAUGUGUAGUAAUCUUCCAUUUCUUGCAGGGAUUUAUCUUUCUGAAAAUGAACUGAGUGGUGGGAUUCCGACAAAUAUAUCCCAGUGUUCACGACUUGGGGUGUUGGAUCUCUCUUCCAACUCUUUCAGUGGGCAGAUACCUCUGGAAAUCGGCUACUUAGCAUCUCUUCAGGGUUUACACCUAAGUCGUAAUCGUUUGAAUGGUACACUACCUCAUGAGAUUGGCAAUCUCCAAAACCUGGCUUAUUUUGGUGUUGGAUCAAAUCAGAUUUGGGGUUCAUUUCCUUUAAAUAUUUUCAUGAAUAUGUCUUCUUCACUGCAACACUUACAUAUAUGGCGCAAUAAAUUCACCGGAAGCCUUUCAAGGGAUGUCGGGAAUCUUACAAUGCUAACCACCUUCGACCUCUCCGAAAACUACUUCACAGGGAUUAUUCCUUCCGAAUUAGGCCAACUUCACCAAUUGAAAGACUUGCAAUCAUCCUUAAACAACUUGAUUGGUUCUAUUCCACCUGAGCUCUUUAACAUUUCAACACUUGAAAAUAUUUCAAUAGUUUUCAAUGAUCUGUCUGGAGUUCUUCCAACCAACUUAUGCCAUGCCUCUCCCAAUCUUAAAGAACUUUAUCUUGGCAGUAAUUCCAUCUCUGGACCAAUACCCAACUCUAUAUCUAACUGCUCUCAACUCACACUGAUCUCACUUUAUGAAAACAAACUCAGUGGUCAUAUACCUACCGUCAUCGGCAACUUGAGAUUUCUUCAACAACUCCACCUCUUCAGCAACAAUUUCACAGAUGAACCCUCCUCUUCACCACUGAGCUUCAUUACUUCAUUAUCAAACUGCAAGUCUUUAACUGGUCUAUCUAUUUCGGAUAAUCCUCUCUAUGGCGUUAUCCCACCUUCUAUAGGGAAUUUAUCUCUUUCCCUCCAGUACUUUUAUGCUUCGCACUGCCAAUUCAGUGGCAGCAUUCCGGCUGAAAUAGGCAAUUUGAGCAGCUUGGUGUUAUUGAGUUUGUUCCUCAAUAAAUUAUCUGGUAAUAUUCCCAUCUCUAUCAAACAUCUGCAUAAGCUUCAAGGCUUAAAUCUUCAAGCUAACAUGUUGCAAGGCCCCAUUCCAGAGGCUAUAUGUGAUUUAUACAAUCUCUAUUCUAUACUUCUUAGCCACAAUAAAUUUUCACAUCCAAUUCCUACAUGUUUGGGAAAUGUCUCUUCUUUAAGAGAGAUUUUUCUCAACUCCAACAUGUUGAAUGCAACCAUACCAUCAAGCUUAUGGGGAUUAAAAGAUGUGAUUGCUCUAGUGAUGUUCUCAAAUUCGUUGAGUGGGGUUUUGCCUCAAGAGAUAGGUAACUUAGGAGCAGCAGCCUAUAUAGACCUAUCAAUGAACAAGUUGUCAGGCUCUAUUCCCAUCACUAUUGGAGAAUUGCAAGAAUUGGGAGUUCUGUCUUUGGCCAAUAACAAACUGGAAGGUUCUAUUCCAGUUUCAAUUGGUCACAUGAUAAACUUGGCAGAUCUUGACUUGUCACAAAACAAUCUCUCCGGUUCGAUUCCAAAGUCUUUGGAAGCACUGCGACACCUCGAGUAUUUUAAUGUCUCUUUCAAUACCUUGAGUGGAGAAAUUCCUAGUGGUGGUUCUUUCAGAAACUUCACUAUGGAUUCUUUUGAGGGCAAUGCAGCAUUGUGUGGACAUCCGAGGUUCCAUGUCCGAAUUUGUCCUGCAGCUUCUACUACUCACAAAUCAAAGUGGAAGAGGGUGAAACCAGCUACAUUUAUUGCUUUUGGAGUUGCGGCUUUCAUUUCAAUUGUUUCUUUGGCUCUGAUAAUAUUUGUCAGAUACAAAAGGAAAGAUGAGACUAGUGAAGAAGUUGAUGUGGGCAUACCCAUUAUGUCGGAAAGAAUCUCUUACUAUGAACUGCUGCAAGCAACUGAUCAGUUCAGUGAAAGGAACUUGCUUGGCACCGGGAGUUCUUGCUCCGUCUACAAAGGGAUUCUUAACAGUGGGAAGGUUGUCGCUGUGAAGGUGUUCAAUAUGCAAUUGGAAGGCAUUUCAACCAAAUUCAGCGUUGAAUGUGAGAUACUUGGUGGCAUUCGACACAGGUGUCUGACCAGCGUCAUAAGUUGUUGUUCCAACGACGAGUUCAAAGCCAUAGUACUUGAAUAUAUGCCUAAUGGUAGCCUUGAGAAAUGGUUACAUUCCGACAAUCAUUGCUUGAACUUCACAGAAAGAUUGAAUAUAAUGAUCGAUGUUGCAUCUGCUUUGGAGUAUCUUCACCAUGGCUAUUCGACGCCUAUCGUUCACAGCGACUUGAAGCCUAGUAACGUGCUUUUAGAUGAAGACAUGGUCGCCCACGUGAGCGACUUUGGGAUAGCAAAGCUGCUAGGCAAUGAAGACAGUAUGGUGCUAACCGAAACUCUAGCAACAUUAGGUUACAUUGCUCCAGAGUACGGUUUAGAAGGGCUCGUUUCGACAAGGUGUGACGUGUAUAGCUACGGUGUUAUGUUGAUCGAAACUUUUACUAAAAAGAGGCCUAGUGAUGAUAUGUUUGGAGGUGAUUUGAGCUUCAAGAGAUGGAUAGAACUCUCACUUCCAUUCACUCUUGAUGAAGUGAUAGAUGUCAAUUUAUUGAAGGAUUUUCAAGGAGAAAUUUACAAGAUUGUGCAAUGUGUAUCAGCCAUAUUUGAAUUGGCUUUGAAAUGCUGUGUAGAAUCUGCUGGGGAUAGAAUCAACAUGAGAGAAGCACACACAGAAUUGCAGAAAAUCAAACGUCGAUUUUUAUUGUGAGAGCAAAGUAAUUUCAUUAACUUUUUUCCAUCAACUUUUCUUAACAUUUUCUAAAACUCGUGCUGCCAAGAAAUGAGACUCCUAAUGGCGGACGAAGGGAGUAUUUUAUUUCUGUGUUUCCAGUUAUGUAAAUUUCUAAUUCAAAUUAUAUAUGCUUUUAGUUCUUUUAGUGAAA